CUACAUAUCUAGGCCUACUUGAUACAGAUUAGACUAUGUAUUCAUAUCACACACAUUAUCUUAAAAUAAUAUUUAAGUAAAAUUAAUAUAAAUUUAGAAAAAGAUAGAACACAUAAUUAUAUUUGUGAGAGGAUCUUCCUCAUUUUUCUUCAAGAAAUCCGACGAUCCAUCUUUUCCAACCGGACUUUCAUAACUUUGCGUUAUUGCUCCUGUGAAUUACAAGUGCUUCUUGGAUUGCCUUGGGCAUCACAGACUAGUUAUUUCAUAGGUAACGACAUAGUUGAUGUACAGGAUCUCCACCCAAGACUGGGUCAUCGAUGGAACCAGAUAAAACGUCACAGGAAUCUCGAAUUAUUAUUGGUGGAUUCGAUAUUAUUCAAUAUCAAACUUCCUUCAAAUAUAAGUGAACAUUGGAGCAGAUGAUUAUUGUUACUUAAUCUAUCUGGUUCGGAAAAGGCGGUAAACAUGAUGCCAAAUUAUGCUACUGCGACAAUGGCACUUCUACUAUUAGUAGGAGGCUUUUAUAGACACGAAAGGCAAAAGAAAGAAUACCAAUCGUUAGAAAAAGAAGAAAUGAUGAAAAGAGAAUCGGAAAAAGCCACCUCUCAAAAACUGGUGUGUUAUUACAAACUAGAAGGAAAUUAUAGCUAUCGCCUUCAACCCGAAGACAUCGAUCCAAACUUGUGUACCCAUUUGAUUGCAGGAUUUGCUGACACUCGUUAUGACCUUAUAGUACCUAGAUCUGCAGAUCACAUCGAUGGCUACAAACGUUGUUUGGAUCUAAAAAAUCGUAACCAGGAUUUAAAAGUACUUUUAUCUAUCGGUGCUACUAGUGGAGGAAGAUUUUCCAAGAUGAUUAAUUAUCAAACUGGUAGAGAAAGGUUCAUUCAUUCUGUCAUAUAUUUUAUUGAAAAAUAUCCAUUCGACGGUUUGGAUUUUGACUGGGAAUUUCCAGCAUGGGAAGGUGGACCAAUCACCGAUAAAAUCAAUUUUAUCACUCUACUAAAGGUAAAAAUGAUUACUUUCACAUAUUAA